UGGACUUGUGUUGUUCUCCCCAGCAACUGCACCCUUCUUUCACUGAAAAAAACAGACCUUUGCACUUAAUAUUGUGCAAUAUUGUUGAUCUUUGACAAACAUAGAUGAGAGCUGCUGGUCUGAGCGACCCGGCCGCCGCUCGAGACACUAAUCCCGGGGAAAGCCCGCUCUCUGUGCCGCUGGACUGCUGCGGAGGACUCAACAACGUCGAUUAUUCGAAGGUAAAACUGAACCGGUUGACUCCAGAGCUAGUGUUAACGGCUAACGGUCAGAUGGACCUGACGCUGAUGGAAGGAAUGCUAAAACGCAUCAAUUUCCAUGACUCCAGCUUCUGUGUGGCAGUGAUCGCCAUCAUCUUCAACCCGUUGUUCUGGAACAUGGUGGCGAGAUGGGAACAUGGUACACGGAGGCUCUCCAGGCUCUUUGGUAGUCCCUACCUGGCCUGUUACUGCCUGGGCUUCGUCAUCAUUCUGCUCAACGUGUACCGCAGUCACAGUAUGACGGUGGCGAUGAAAUCCCAGGUGAAAUGGGAAGUGAUGGACCGGGCGGAUGUUUUCUACGUUGGUGUAGCUCUCAUGGUGGCGGGCACUGUGCUGGUGGUCAGCAGCUUCCUGGCUCUGGGAUUCACUGGAACCUUCCUAGGUGAUUACUUUGGCAUCCUGAUGGAUGAGAAGGUGACAGGCUUCCCCUUCAACGUGGUAGAGAACCCCAUGUACUGGGGCAGCACUGCCAACUACCUGGGCCUGGCACUCAUUGGUGCCAGCCCCGUUGGUCUUGUCCUGACUGCCAUAGUAGCUGUGUCUUACAAGGUGGCGAUAAGAUUUGAAGGACCAUUCACUGAGCAGAUCUAUGAGGAGAGGAGUCAGCGCCGCAAGCAUGAAUAAUCACCUCCCGCCCGGGCGCUUCCUGCUCCUGGUUGCUCUGAGGAUUCCCGUCCUGUCACGUAGACGGACGGACUGAAGACGGACAAACGUCCCAACAGCGUUGAUCAUUAAUCCACCUCCGUCCGGUGAGGAAUCAAAGGCUACGUUCACACUGCAACUGCAAGUGUUCCAUUUCUGAUCUGCUCUGAUGCUCUAGUAAUGAAUGUGGGCGUGGCAUGGAGCCAUUUUUCUAAUGUUACUUUGGACCACAUGGUUAUGACAGUAUAACAAGCUAAAGUUUGAUAUUCUGAGAAGCAUUCUGAUAUACAGUACACCCACCAACACCAACAGACUAACUCAUGAAGAACAUCUGCAACAGAAAAACAGAGUCCAUCCAACUUAACUGAGCUACUACACACCAAGAAACUUUUCAAAUUGUCACCAGACACCAUGUGAUAUACCAGUAGCCUGCACCUGACACACCUGAAUGGAAUGAAGUCAUAAUUGAUGUUAAUAUAAAUGAUAAUAAAGAAAUUAAACCUGUGUGUUGCAACUCUACUGUGAUGUAUUAGACUGGAGAUAUACUUGUUUUCUAGCCACGUGUUAGCAAAAAUGACCAGAUUCCACAAAACGUUGGGACACCAAAUGCAUCAAAUUCAGAAUUCAAAGUGUAAAUGAACAAGAAUAAACGUAUCAGUUUGAACACAAAUUAAUUGUCUCCGUACAGUGUCAAAUUGAAUAUGCUGUAUGUCAAUCAGGAUUAGCAAAUUGUGUUUUAUUUCCGUUUUAGACAAGACAACGUCCCAACUUUUUUGGAAUCAUGUUGUUCGUGCGUCACUGCAGGACUCAACUAGAGUGAACUUUAGUGGAAGUCAGCUUGAGACCAUAAACUCAUUAAGACAAUGUUAACAAAUUGAUUUCUUUUUGCAGCCGGUAGAGUCGCCACCUGCUGGUCAUUAGAGAUAAUGCAGGUUUAAGGCACUUCCGCUUUGGCUUCCCUUUUUAGCCAUUUAACAUUAUGCCUGCAGUACAUUGGCAUUGUUAUUGUGAGAAUGUUGGCAACAAGUGGCAAUCUCCAGGGAUGAAAAAUGAAGCCAAUGCAGAAGUGCCAAAGAAUGUAAUUUCUCGAUUGGCUUCUUGAGGCUGGCUCCAAAAGCGCCAUCCCAACGGUAGAAUCUAUAUAGAUAGAUAGGUAGUUAUAUAUAAGAAAGGCUAGAUGGCUCGAGGCGGAGUCACCAGCGUCCAUAUACAGCGGCCAUCUUGCCACAGGCAGCUCACCCACUCAUAACAUCAUAGUCUAAGGUGCACGUAGCAUUUAAUUAACCAUAGAUUGCUUAAUUUUAAACCGAUUUUCAAACAAUUUGGUUUGUCAUAAACCUCAGAGUUGUGGUUAUGUUUCUGCAAACUCAAGAAUAAUUUUGAUAUUUUUUUAUAUAAAUUAUUCUUGAGUAUGCAGGAACAUAACCACAACUUUAUAACAAACCAAACUGUUUGAAAAUCGGUUUAAAAUGUAGCAAUCAUUCAAAUGCUACAUGCACCUUAGACUAUGAUGUUAUAUAUAUAUAUAUAUAUAUAUAUAUAUAUAUAUAUAUAUAUAUUAGGGCCGGGACUCGAUUUGAAAAAUGUAUCCAAUUAAUUAGAGGCUUUGUAAUUUAUUAAUCGAAAUGAGUUGCAUUUUAAUCGCAUAUAAAUAUUUGACCUGAGAACAGUGAGAAGUAAUUUUUUUCACAUGGAUUUUUAGUAUACCAUUGAAUAAUGACUGAAUACAUAAGCUUAAGCAACAAAAAUAUUGUUUAUUUUUGUUCAAGUCCAACAGACCAGUGCAAUUUUUGCCAUUAAGUGUAGCUAUAGCAUAUUUAUAAAUAUAGUACAUUUCAUAAAUGCAGGUAGCCUAUAGGUAGGUAGACCUUCUGUAAACUAGAAUACUUUGGUUUUUUAAGUAAAACACAAUCCACGCUAGCUAGCACACUAGCCGCUAGCUGCUAUAUGUUUAGCAUUGAGGUGAUACUUGAGGCUGGAUGUGCUGCUAUGGUGAUAUGUGAAUUCCUUGUUGCCUAGCAACACAACCAUGCUCUUAUGGACGCUUCCAUCUGUUGGUUUUUAGUAACUAAAUGUCCCAUCAUCCACGGGGCCAACCAAAGGUCUCAUCAGCUUCUUCCUUCAUGUUCACUGUGGUUUGUUGUUGUCUCAACUCAUCAACACUAGUUGGUGCUCCAGUAUAAUCGGUCCUCCUGAAACUCAUCCAGUUAGAAAUGUUCCGCGGUGCAAAAAUAAGUGCGAUUAAAAUGCGUCAAUUUUUUUAACGCGUUCAUUUUUGUGUAAUUAAUUCAUCUUAAUUAACGCGUUAAAGUCCCGGCCCUAAUAUAUAUAUAUAU